CACACAUUUCGGUUUAGGGACUGCAGCUUCGCUUGAGUAAAGAAUGCCUGACUCGUGAACUGAGCGAAUGAGUGAACUAACAAGAUAGUCUUAUGACCCAGCGAAACAAUGACUCGUUUGUUUUUCAGAAUUUAGCCUUGGCUGCGAUAUAGUUUGUAUUUCUAAUUCGAAAUAUGAUCAACGUUUUCGUAUUUAGAUGUGGUGGGAAUUUUAAUUAAACUCGACUUGGAAAAUAGAUUAGUUUGUUUCGCUGAACGAUAUUCCGUUCCGAGUCAGUAAAAUGAAAUGAACUUCCCAUCUUUAGACUAUUGUGUCUCAGGGAGGCUCGCGGACAAACAAAGCGUCCUUCAAACAGAAGAACAGAAGGCUUUUAUUCACGAGGGAGAAAGAGGCGAAAAUGAAGCUUCUCUUUAAUUUGCUCUCAGUCAUCUUAUUUUUACUCGACAACGGUGUGUCUGGUGUCGUAUCAGAUGUAUUGGUUUCAGUGAGGGAGGGAGAUUCCGUCACUCUACACACUGGUGUUCAAACAGACCAACAAGAAGAAAUUAAAUGGUAUUUUAAAGACACUCGCAUCGCUCAAAUCAGUGGAGAUCUCAGUAAGACCUGUACAGAUGUUGAGUGUAAUGAAGGUACUGAGAGAUUCAGAGACAGACUGAAGCUGGACAAUCAGACUGGAUCUCUGACCAUCACAAACAUCACAAACACAGACUCUGGACUUUAUGAACUGAAGAUCAUCAGCAGCAGCAGCAGCAGCGACAAGAUCUUCAGUGUUACUGUCAAUGGUGUUUCUGCUGCUGAACAAGAUGAAGUGAAGGAGGGAGAAUCUGUCACUUUAGAUCCUGGUGUAACAAAAAGCCCAAAUGAUGUGAUGACGUGGCAUUUUAAUGACAUUCUCAUCGCGGAAAUCACUGGAGAACAGAGUAAGAUCUGUACAGAUGAUCAGUGUGAUGAGAGAUUCAGAGACAGACUGAAGCUGGAUCAUCAGACUGGAUCUCUGAACAUCACAAACACCAGAACCACAGACUCUGGACUUUAUAAACUACAGAUCAGGAUCAUCAGCAGCAGUUUCAGCAUCAGCAGAGUGAAGAGAUUCAAUGUCACUGUCACCGGUGCUGUUCCAGGUUCAGGUCUAUCUCCAGCUGCUGUAGCAGGAGUAUGUGCUGCUGUUGCUGUUGUUCUGCUGCUGGCUGCAGUUGUUGUGGUUUACCGUCGCCGCAGAAGAUACAGUCGAGCAGCACAGAAUGACAGUGAUGUUAAUAACUCUGAUCAGAAAGACUAUCCUUUAAAUAAAAUUCAGACUGAGGCUGCGAAUGAAACAGUCUUUCAUUGAAAGGGACACUAAAGAGAAUCGGGGAAUGAUGGAGAGAAGAGGAUCAGCUGAAACGCUCUUCAGAGUAAUUGUGCCACGAGUCCAGUAUUUCAGUAGUCGAUACCAAUGAUCCAGAGAGGAACAGUGAGACAUCAUCUGUUUCUUGUCUUUUGCACUAUAAUGUUUGACAUUUUCAGUUAUUUGGUCCUGCCUGCUUACUGUACAUUUACUUAGAACUGACUUCUCUAUAAUUGCCCUGUAGGUGGUUUGAUUGGUAUUGUUGCUGUUACUGAAGAAAAAAAAAAAACGCUAUCAUGUUGCUAAUGUUUAUGGUUUAAACAACACUAACCCUUAGUCAUCAACCUUCAACAGAAAACACUUUCCACCAGCUACACUGGAACCAAAAACCAGCCUUAAAGUUGUCAUAGAAUGCCCUGAUGUAAUAUUUUCAAUUGUUCUGUGAUGUCCCCAAAAUUGUAUGUGAAGUUUUCACAAAAUACCCCACAAAUAAUAUUUUAUAGCUUGUUGAAAUUGCCACUUUUGGGCUAUUAGCCAAAACGCAAUGUUUUUUUUUUUUGUCUUUGUCACUGGUGCUCUCUUUUGGAAAAGAGGCUUACUACUUACUUACUUAACUGGAGUCCAGACAUUUGUGCACAAAGCGUUGGUAUCGCUCCUUCUUUCAGAAGCUAUCUUUGCACAACUCCAGUGCUGAACUGACCCUCGUUUGUGAGGCAGUAAAAUGUUAGCACAGAUAUAUAGGACUUUCCUGUUUAUUUAUUUUUAUUUUAGUUUCCUUCAAAACUGAAGUUUAACUAAUGUGUCCUCAGUGGUCUAUCUAUGGAGACUCCUAUGUCUGUUGGUGCAUCCCAACACAACACUUUUAAUAGCGUGUGAGAAUUCGAGAACCUCAGGCACUUUGAUCUUCUGAGACACCUCUCUCAUAUGCAAUGGUUCCUCCUCACACCCUCUCCUUCCCCUCAGGUCUCAGUCAUCCAUGCACAUUUCACAAAUCUAUUGUUUCAAGCUGCUUUAUGUGUUGUUAAUAUAAAUACUUCAGCAGAGACUGGUAAUGUGGUUUCACUCACAGCAAAAGAACAGACAAGAAUAAACCUGUUCUUCUGAUGUGGGAGAUGCCCCAUUAAAGAUCUUUGAUAACCAUUUGUUUUUGUCCUUUUGGGUCACGAGACCUUAACUACCAAAAGUCUUUUGUGUUUAUGAGUGAUUUGAAGAUUUCUUUGUUCUGGUCUGGGUAUAUUAGCGAAGUGGCAAAACAUUACUGGGCCUUAAGCAUGACCUCUGCCCAUUGCACUUCAUACUAUGUAUUUUUCUAAAAGCCAGGUCUGCAUCUUACUCUUAAAUUCAUCUUUAUCUUCAUUCAUCUUUUUGAAUAUUUUGAUGUAUUGAUUUGAUUUGAUAUCUUUGAAUUGGCUAUGUAAUUGGCAUAAUUUAUAUGACUGUUAAUAAAUUGGUACGUUUGAUUCUA